AGCAACUGAUUUCUAUUAAGAACCGUUAGUUGUCAAAGCUUACAUUCGAAGGAGUUUUUGUUUUAGAAUGAAAAUAAUGUAAAUAAAAUGUUUGGUGAUGCAAAUAAAAACGGCUGUGGACCCAACUGGACGUACGACCCAUUUAAUGUUCAUAGUGAAAUCUUUCCCACUCCGAAUCGCAUUGAAUUUAGGUCUCCAGUUAUUCCAGUUAUAAGAUCUUAUAAUGCAUCAUAUUCCAAUUUUGAUGAGGGUCGUUUGCAGAAAUCGCACUGGAUAUGCGAUUACUCAGAUGAUAUCUUCCAGACCCUGAGGGAGACGGAGCUCAGACGUCACACCAUAUACUUUCGUUCACCACAGAUCGACUAUAGACCGAUGUUGCUACAUCUCAUAAUGGAUGCGGUGGAGAAAAAUAAACUAUCGAGAACAACUCUUCAUCUCGCCAUAUACUUUUUAGAUUGUUUUAUGGAUAAAUAUACGAUACGUCCCGACAAACUAAAUCUAACCGCGAUUACAUGUCUAAUGAUCGCAGCCAAAAUUGAAGAGGCUGAUAUGGAUAUGCCAAAAUUCUGUGAUCUGAACAAAUUGGCGGAGAAAAAUUACAAUUUGCAAGAAUUCAGAAACGUUGAACGCAAAGUGCUGAGCACAUUCAACUUCAACGUAAUACGACCAACUGCCGCUACAUUUGCUGAGUAUUUUGCCAAUACCUUUCUCACGCUACAGGAUUUUCAUACAUUUUUUAAUCAUUGGAAUAACGAAAUGGUUUCGAAUCGUUACGAAAAUCAUCAAGUGCAAAGUUCGGAAAAUAAUAUAAUACAACACACCAUGGUUUGUUCAUCUUGUCCCUAUAGAACGUACGAAGAAAUGCUUGCCACGCUCAGUAAACACUUUUUUGUUCUAAUAGAUGUUACUUUGAACUAUUACAAGUUUGUCAAUGCUCGUCCUUCGAUAAUUGCAUCAGCUUGCAUAGCCGCGGUGAGACAAAUGAACGGAGUUUUCCCCGUAUGGACCCCAUAUUUAAUAAAUUUAACCGAAUGUACGGCUGAUGUAAUUUCACCAUUUGUUGAAGCUAUUUUAGCUAUUUACCGUUUGCAACAAUGUAAUGACAAAUUACAUAACACACAAACGCCAAAUACGCCUAUAACAAGUGUCGACUCGUUUGCCGCCAGUAUUUUAUGUGAUAGUCCGGAUUCUGGCAUUGUAUCCGGUAAUGAUACAAAGUCCAUGAAAUCUGAUACUGAUGACGACAUUUACAAUUGUGAAGGUGGGCAAGUUGCUGACACAGACGAGGAUGAAGAUGAACCGUAUCAUUGUUUGGAGUACCCACUUUUGUCGAAGAGAAGACGACUUUUCUAAUCCUUUAUGUAUCGCUUUCUUUUUACGUUUUAAUAAAAAUGGAAUUUUUGUUUAUGUUAAAAUAAUAUUUACUUUGUGGUAAAUUUUCCAAAAUUGAAUUGCAGUAAAAAAAAAAAACAGUUACUAUCAAACUACUUUGUAAAUAAAAUAUUUUUCUUAAAAAAGGAAACUUUUGGAAAUUAUCUUUCUAGGACUGUACAUGUGGUUGUGGUUAGAACGAUUAUGUCAUUACAAUCUUGUGAUGUGAUAUAUAACCAUAGUUAACCAGAGUUAUAUUCAGAUUUAUAUUCUAUAACUAUUUAUCAUUUAUUAUUUAAAAUACAUCAAUUA